GGGCUGCCUGUGCUUCACAUUUGCAGAGGGAAGGGCGCUGGGAAGAGGUGUGUGUGUGUUGGAGGGUUUCAAUGCGGAGAGUGAGUGGAUAAGGGUCGGGGUCGCUUUUCUGGAUUACAUUCCUCACGACAUGCACCUGUUUAAAGAGGGAAUUACAAAAUAUCAGUCGUGGGAAGGAGGCGUCUGAUGGACUUUGGGCUGACCUGAGACACUGCCUCGUAGAUCUUCGCUCGUGCAUCUCCGUCAGUUCCCAGAAGUUCUACUAAAAGAAGAGGAAAGGGACCACUUCACGCAACAUGGCAACAGUGCAAACCACAGUGUCAGACAUGCGCACCAGAGCUGAAGGUUAUGAGAAGACAGAUGAUGUGUCUGAAAAGACCUCACUUGCAGAUCAAGAAGAGAUGCGAAUCAUUUUUCUCAACCAGCCUCAGCUGAUGAAGUUUUGUAACAACCAUGUUAGCACUGCAAAGUACAAUGCCAUCACAUUUCUGCCAAGAUUUCUCUAUUCUCAGUUCAGAAGAGCUGCCAAUGCUUUUUUCCUGUUUAUAGCGCUACUUCAGCAAAUUCCAGAUGUGUCGCCUACAGGUCGCUAUACAACACUGGUUCCUCUCUUGUUUAUUUUAACUGUGGCAGCAAUCAAAGAAAUUAUAGAAGAUAUUAAAAGACAUCAAGCUGAUAAUUUUGUAAACAAGAAGAAAACUCAAGUAUUGCGAAAUGGUGCUUGGGAGAUUGUGCACUGGGAAAAGGUGUCUGUAGGGGAAAUAGUGAAAGUGACCAAUGGGGAGCAUCUCCCAGCUGAUCUCAUCAGUCUGUCAUCAAGUGAACCUCAAGCAAUGUGCUACAUUGAAACCUCAAAUCUAGAUGGAGAAACAAAUCUAAAAAUACGACAGGGGUUGUCGGUGACUGCAGAAAAGAAGGACAUAGAUACACUGUUGAGUCUGUCCGGCAAAAUUGAAUGUGAAGGUCCUAACAGGCAUUUAUAUGAUUUCAAUGGAAACAUUAGACUGGAUGGCCAUGGGCUUGUCCCUCUGGGUCCCGAUCAGAUUCUGUUGCGAGGGGCUCAGUUGAGAAACACACAGUGGGUGCAUGGAAUUGUUGUCUAUACUGGCCAUGAUACUAAGCUCAUGCAGAAUUCCACAAGGCCCCCUCUGAAACUGUCCAAUGUGGAACGCAUAACCAACAUCCAGAUACUGCUUCUGUUUGGCACACUAAUCACAAUAUCUUUUGUCUGCUCCAUUGGCUCCUCUAUAUGGAAUUCCAGGCACGGUGAUAAGGACUGGUACCUAAAUUUGAACUAUGCGGGAGCUGGCAACUUUGGACUAAAUCUUUUAACAUUUAUCAUUCUCUUCAACAACCUUAUACCCAUCAGUUUGCUGGUUACUUUGGAGGUGGUGAAAUUUAUCCAAGCAUAUUUCAUUAACUGGGAUGUCGAUAUGAUCUAUGAGCCUACAGAUACAGGAGCUAUGGCCCGAACUUCAAAUCUGAACGAAGAGCUAGGGCAGGUAAAAUACAUAUUUUCUGACAAAACUGGGACCCUGACUUGCAACGAUAUGCAAUUUAAGAAGUGCACUAUAGCAGGAAAUGCCUAUGGCCAUUGCCCAGAGCCAGAAGAGGACAGGUAUUCAGAUGAUGGUUGGCAUUAUUCACAUAGUGAAGAAGGCCGUGACUUCCAUGAUCCAUCUUUGCUCGAAAAUCUGGAAAACAAUCAUCCGACUGCACCUGUGAUAUGUGAGUUUCUUACCAUGAUGGCGAUAUGUCAUACUGCUGUGCCCGAGCGUGAUGGAGAUCAGAUCAUUUAUCAGGCAUCUUCACCUGAUGAGGGUGCUCUGGUCAGAGCAGCAAAGCAAUUGCGCUUUGUAUUUACCGCUCGGACGCCGAAUUCUGUCAUAAUAGAAUCACUUGGCCAAGAAGAGCGUUUUGAGAUGCUGAAUGUUCUGGAAUUUACAAGUAAUCGGAAGCGAAUGUCUGUAAUCGUUCGAAACUCAGCAGGAAAACUGAGACUGUACUGCAAAGGGGCAGAUACAGUCAUUUAUGACCGUUUGGCUGAAACAUCAAAGUACAAAGAAAUUACAUUAAAACAUUUGGAACAGUUUGCGACGGAAGGUUUACGGACUUUGUGCUUUGCUGUUGCCAGUAUCCCAGACAGCACUUAUGAAGAAUGGUUGGAUGUGUAUCAUAGAGCUUCCACUUCUGUACAGAACAGAGCACUGAAACUUGAGGAAUGCUAUGAACUCAUAGAAAAAAAUCUACAUUUACUUGGAGCCACGGCCAUUGAAGACAAGCUACAAGACAAUGUGCCAGAAACGAUAGAGACAUUAGUCAAGGCGGAUAUCAGGAUCUGGGUUCUAACAGGAGAUAAGCAGGAAACUGCUAUUAAUAUAGGCCAUUCUUGUAAACUUCUCACAAAGAAUAUGGGACUAAUUGUUAUUAAUGAAGACUCUCUUGAUACAACACGAGAAGUUUUAAGUCAUCAUUGCAGCAAUCUUGGCGAUGCCUUGAGAAAGGAGAACGACUUUGCUCUGAUAAUUGAUGGCAAGUCCCUGAAGUAUGCCUUGACAUUUGGAGUGAGACAGUAUUUCUUAGACCUCGCUCUUUCAUGUAAAGCUGUAAUUUGUUGCAGGGUAUCCCCUCUUCAGAAAUCUGAAGUGGUUGAGAUGGUGAAAAAACAAGUCAAAGUUAUUACCCUUGCUAUUGGCGAUGGAGCAAAUGAUGUCAGUAUGAUUCAGACUGCUCAUGUGGGUGUUGGUAUAAGUGGAAAUGAAGGGCUACAAGCUGCCAACUCAUCUGACUACUCUAUAGCACAGUUUAAAUAUUUAAAGAACUUACUGCUGGUCCAUGGUGCUUGGAAUUAUAACCGAGUAGCAAAGUGCAUAUUGUACUGUUUUUAUAAGAAUAUUGUCCUCUAUAUUAUUGAGAUCUGGUUUGCAUUUAUGAAUGGUUUCUCUGGGCAAAUUCUCUUUGAAAGAUGGUGCAUCGGCCUUUACAAUGUGAUGUUUACGGCGCUGCCCCCUUUAACUCUUGGAAUAUUUGAACAAUCGUGUCGCAAAGAAAACAUGCUGAAGUACCCAGAGUUGUACAAGACAUCCCAGAAAGCGCUUGAUUUUAAUACUAAGGUCUUCUGGGUUCAUUGUUUGAAUGGCCUUUUCCACAGUGUUAUCCUGUUCUGGUUUCCAUUAAAAGCUCUCCAGCACGAUACCGUAUUUGGCAAUGGGAAAACUUCAGACUAUCUUUUGCUGGGUAACAUUGUUUACACAUUUGUGGUGAUAACUGUGUGUUUGAAAGCUGGAUUGGAAACAUCACACUGGACAAUGUUCAGCCAUAUAGCUAUCUGGGGAAGCAUUCUUCUGUGGAUUGUUUUCUUUGGAGUCUAUUCUUCAUUGUGGCCUGCAAUUCCCUUGGCACCUGACAUGUCAGGAGAGGCGGAUAUGAUGUUCAGCUCUGGAGUUUUCUGGAUGGGUCUUUUCUUUAUCCCUAUCACAUCUUUGCUGUUGGACAUUUUGUAUAAAGCUGUCAAAAGAACAUGUUUUAAAACCUUGGUUGAUGAAGUUCAUGAACUUGAAGCCAAAUCACAGGAUCCUGGUGCUGUUGUCCAUGGGAAAAGCUUAACUGAGAGAGCACAGUUGCUGAAGAACGUCUUUAAAAAGAAUACUGCUAAUUUGUACCGUUCUGAAUCCGUACAGCAGAACCUUCUUCACGGGUAUGCCUUUUCCCAAGACGAAAAUGGAAUUGUUUCUCAGUCUGAUGUGGUCAGAGCCUACGACACCACCAAGCAAAGAGCAGAAGAAUGGUGAACAGGAGCAGAUAUGAACAGAAACACAUUUGUUCCUUACUUGUCAAUUCAGUAGAUCUGGUCUGAAAUCAGAUAUGAAAUCUUGUGGUUGGUGAUUUCAAAAAGAUCUGUGUCCAAAAAUGGACUUGUAAUUUAUUAUUUUUUAUUUAAAAAAAAAAAGUAGCAUUCAGCAAGACACUAUUAACGUAUAACAAAUGUUGCACGUUUCUCCUGAAAGUGUAGAGUCUAACAACCCGAUAGACAGAUAGUGUAACAAUAAAGCAUUUCAGUAUUACGGUUUAAGGGAAAAAUGUGGGGUAAUCUGGAAGCUUCUGAAAUGAAGGACAACGUUUUUCUGAGCAGACCCUUAUGUUUAUAACACGGAACGAUGACCCGUGACACUAGAGCUGCAAAAACCAGCGUGGGAUCCGCUACCCGUAUCCUCAGAGAGAGUCGAGUAUCAAACUAUUUUACUAUAAAUGCUUGCCAAAGAAACAUAUCCUGUUCUGGUUAUUCCCUGCUGGGUGUCUUUUUGGAAGAUCUUUCAGUUGAUGGGGAGAUAUUUCCUGCAAACGUCUCCUCGAUUCUCCAGUUCUUAUAAGGGCGAGCUCACAAGACUCGAGCUUGUAUCCUUGUUAACGACACUUGUUUUUAUUAUCUGUGACAUUUUACACCUUGCGCCUUAUUCAUGCUACCGUGUUAAUCUUGUAGAGUAAAACAUGUGAAUGCAUUAAUAUGCUUGUGUGUGUGUCUAAAGAGAUGAGAGUGUUGGUGUCGCUAAGGAACGCCACUAAUUCUCCAGUGUCUCGGGCUGUUUUUCUUGGCCUUGGUAUAUGUUGACGAGAAGGAAACGGAAUUCUCUUUUUGUUUUAAUUCUUUUUAAUGGAAAACUUUUAGCACAGGUUUGUAUUUAUAUAGAUAUAAAAGUAUGCCCUUUACUCCAAUUUUUCCUUAAAUCCAUUUGAACCUUCAUUUGUACAAUUUUCAAGUGUUGUUUCCUGCACAGAAGCACUUGCUUGCAGUGAAGAAUGGCCUUGUUCGUCUUGUGGAGGAUGAUUUUUUGGAGAACUGGAAUGUUAUGUAGUCACUAACUUUGUAACAGAUACCGUCCAUUAUGUGGUUGAAACUUUGAGGUGGUUGAGAUGAUUCUUGACUACCAUUCUCCAUAAGUUCACAUUUUUAAAGCUGAUAUUAUUUUAAUGAGGCGGAGUA